AUGUCGUCGGUUAAAGUGGCUGUACGUGUACGGCCCUUUAAUCAACGAGAAAUAUCAAACAAUUCAAAAUGUGUUAUGGGUGUGAAUGGAAAUACAACUAGUAAGUCUUAUUUUAAUUUUUGUUGAUUGAAGAAAUACUUCUGGGACUAUCUAAUUAUUGAUUAUUCUAAUUUGCAGCUAUAAAUGGUCGAGAAAUCGGAAAAGAGACACAUGCUUUCAACUUCGAUCAUUCAUAUUGGUCAUUCACAAAAUCAGACCAACAUUUUGCUUCUCAGAAACAAGUUUAUGAAGAACUUGGAGUUGAAAUGUUAGCUCAUGCAUUUGAAGGAUACAAUGUAUGUAUUUUUGCCUACGGUCAAACUGGAUCCGGAAAAUCAUAUACAAUGAUGGGAAAAGCAAAUGAUCCAGAAGAAAUGGGAAUAAUUCCGAGAUUAUGUAAUGAUUUAUUCGAGAGAAUUGACAAUAACAAUGAUAAAAAUAUUCAAUAUUCUGUUGAGGUAAAAACAAAAUUAAUUCUGAUCUCAAGAAAAAUUGAAAAUCCAAAAGUAUUCAGGUAUCAUACAUGGAAAUCUAUUGUGAACGUGUCAAAGAUUUGCUCAAUCCAAAUAGUGGUGGGAAUUUACGUGUUCGAGAACAUCCUUUACUCGGUCCUUAUGUUGAUGAUCUCACAAAAAUGGCUGUUUGUUCUUAUCAUGAUAUUUGCAAUUUAAUGGACGAAGGAAAUAAAGCGAGGUGAGAAAGAAGAAAAACGAGAGAAAAAGACAGCAAACAUGUUAGCGAAUUAAUGGCUGGCUGCCAUCAACUGGGGGUAUAGCUCAGGGGUAGAGCGCUCGCUUUGCAUGCGAGAAGUCUGGGGUUCGAUUCCCCAUACCUCCAUAUAAUUUUUUCUUUUUUUUUAGAACUGUUGCUGCUACAAAUAUGAAUUCAACAUCUUCUCGUUCACAUGCAGUUUUCACAAUUGUUUUAACACAAAAACGACAUUGUCCAAUCACAAAUCUUGACAGUGAAAAAGUUUCAAAAGUAUCACUUGUCGAUUUGGCAGGUUCAGAAAGAGCAAAUUCAACUGGAGCAGAAGGUCAAAGAUUGAAAGAAGGUGCAAAUAUUAACAAAAGUUUGACAACACUUGGUUUGGUUAUCAGUAAAUUAGCAGAAGAAGUGAGUUUUUUUUUUUUGAAAAAUUACUUAGGCCUUAUAUUAGGCACGAGUUAUGUUUCAGAAUGAAAAUAUAAAUGAGAAAGAUCAAGUAAGUUUUCACGAGUUCCUAUUUAACACACUUGACUGACUGAGAGUUUUUGGCUAACAACAUGCUUUGACAUUUUGAUUUGAAUAAAUUAAAUUAGAGUUCUUUAUUUUAGGCUGGAAAGAAGAAACGAACAAAAGGAGUUAUUCCAUAUCGAGAUUCUGUUUUAACUUGGUUACUUCGAGAAAAUCUUGGUGGAAAUUCAAAAACAGCAAUGCUUGCCGCUUUAUCUCCAGCUGAUAUCAAUUUUGAUGAAACAUUGAGCACUUUGAGAUAUGCAGAUAGAGCAAAACAAAUUGUGUGUCAAGCUGUUGUUAAUGAAGAUCCAAAUGCAAAAUUAAUUCGAGAAUUGAAAGAAGAAGUUCAUAAAUUAAAAAAUAUUUUGGAAGACAAAGGUAUCGAUGUGAAUGAAUUUGAUAAUAGCAGUUCAACUAAAAAACUGCCAAAGUUCUCGGCAAAAGAUCAUGAUACAAUUGAACAAUUGAAAGCUUCGGAGAAACUGAUUGCUGAGUUGGAUAAAACAUGGGAACAGAAAUUGAGCAAAACGGAAGAAUAUCGAAAACAAAGAGAAGAAGAAUUGAGAGAAAUGGGAUUAGCUUGUUUGGAUGAUGGAACAACAUUAGGAGUAUUUAGUCCAAAGAAACUUCCACAUUUGGUUAAUUUGAAUGAAGAUCCACUUAUGAGUGAAUGUUUGAUUUAUUAUUUGAAAGAAGGUGUUACCAGGUAAAUUUGAGAAAUGUCAUUUAGAGAAACAAAUAUUGAUAAUGAAUUUCAGCGUUGGCCGCCCUGAAGCCGAAAAACGUCCAGAUAUUUUACUUUCUGGUCAAGCAAUUCUCGAUUCUCAUUGUGAAUUUGUGAAUGAAGAUGGAUGUGUGACUAUAAAUCCAGCAAAAGGAGCACAAAUUUAUAUCAAUGGAAAACAGAUAACUGAACAUACAGUAAUCCACACUGGUUCACGUGUAAUUCUUGGAAAAUAUCACGUUUUUCGAUAUAAUGAUCCACAAGAAGCAAGACAAAGUCGACAUAAUUUAUCAUCUUUGACUGGUUCGUUUUUUAAAAGAAAUCUUUCUCUCCAUAUGUAUCCUUUUUCAGAACAGCCACUUGAUUGGAAAUAUGCGCAACAAGAAUUGCUUGAAAAACAAGGAAUUGAUUUGAAAGCUGAAAUGGAGAAAAAACUACUCGAAAUGGAAUCACAAUAUCGGCGAGAAAAAGAAGAACUCGAAUUGAAAAUGUUGAGACAAACAAAAGAAUAUGAAACAAGAAUCGAAAGUUUACAAAGACAAGUUGAUCUUGCACAAUCAAUGAUUUCAAGUGUUGGUUCAACUUGGGAAGGCGAACGAUUUUUGACAUCAUCUUUGAUGGAAUUUGCUGAAGAAUUAAAAUGGACAUCAGAUCAAGAAAGAGUUGUUCGAAAAGCAGCAAUUAAAUGGAGAUAUCAUCAAUUCACAUCAGUUCGAGAUGAUCUUUGGGGAAAUGCUAUUUUUGUAAAAGAAGCUAAUGCUAUUUCUGUUGAAUUGAAGAAAAAAGUUCAAUUCCAAUUUGCUCUCUUAACUGAUACAAUGUAUAGUCCACUUCCACCAGAUCUUUUGCCGCCGGGAGAAGAUUUGACACUUCGACCAUAUCCAAAAACUGUUGUUGCUAUUCAAGUUCAAGAUUUGAAAAAUGGAGCAACUCAUUAUUGGAGUAUCGAAAAAUUAAAGUCAGUUCUCUUUUUUCGAUUUUCACUUCUCUCACCUACAGUAACCCUGUUCAUUUGUCAAACACAGCCUGUUAUAGUAAUCGUACGCUUUUUGUGCUUUCAAUUUUUUUCGGAAAACAAAUUCGCACAAUAUUUUUUUUGCUUACGAUUUUUGAAACUAAAACGUUAUAUAAGCGGGAAUAAGAGGAUGAUUGGAGCAAUCUUAAAAGAUAGAGUACUUCAUUUCUGACCUUAUCCCUAAUUUUUAAUCUAAUAGAUUCAUUGAGAAAUGGUUCUCGAAACCUCGAAAUUUUCUAAAAUUAUUGUUUUUUUUUCGAUGACAAUAAUACUAAAAGUGUUCCUAGCUUGAUUAUAUUUUGCCCUUCAAAUAGAUUUUGAUUACCUUCUUUUUUUUCCCAAGUAGGUUUUCUCGAAUUUGCAGACAACGUCUUGAAGAUAUGCGAAUGUAUUAUAAUUCGGAAUUAUCUGUUGCUGGAACACCUGCUGAUCCACCGUAUACAUCAGUUGCUGAAGGAUGGUUGGCAGCAUUACAUUUAAAUCCAGCAAGACUUGUACCAGACAGGUAAACUAUGUAUGAAUGCAUGUUUAUUAUGCUUAUUAUUGCACUUUCCUGUCCGGGUUACUGUAGGGGUUUUUUCCUGUAUUGUGUUGGCUUUUUAUUGGCUGAAUAGAAUGUCAGAUAAAUGAUGGUUGAUAUUUUCAGACAACGACUUGAAGCAAUGCGAGAUAUGUAUGAAACAGAUUUACAAAUGUCACCAACUGGACAACAAGAUCAAAUAGGAUCUGAUCCAAUGAUGGAUGCACUUAUGGGAACUGAUCCAUUUUAUGAUAGAUUCCCAUGGUUCCGAAUGAUUGGAAGAGCAUUUGUAUAUCUGAGUAAUUUAUUACACAAUGUUCCACUUAUUCAUAAAGUAGCUGUUGUAAAUGAAAAAGGAGAAGUUCGAGGAUAUUUGAAAGUUGCGAUUGAGCCAGUUAAUAAUCAACAAAUUGAAGUUCAGAAAAAAGGAGUUAGACAAACUGCUAAACUUCAUUUUAGAAAAGAAGACUUUUUGAAAACAAAGAAUGGAGAAAAUGACAGUAUGUUUAUUCUUUAGAUUGGAAUUUUUGGAAAACCAAAAAAAUUUACAGAAUCAAGUGAUCUUGUUUUCCCAUCACACAUGGAAGAAGAAGUCGAAUUCUGUUUCCGAGUUGUUGUUCUUCAAGCAAUCGAUGUUGCUGAUGCAUAUUCCGAUGUUUUUUGUCAAUUCAAUUUCCUUCAUCGACACGAUGAAGCAUUUUCAACAGAGCCAAUGAAAAACAGCAAAUCCCCUUUAACAUUUGAACAUACACAAAACUUGCAUAUCAAAAUGAGCCGCACAUUUUUACAUUAUGUUCAUCAUUUUCCAAUUAUUUUUGAGGUACAGUUUGAGUAAAAAGAGAGUGAAAAUCAUGCAAAGUUUUCAGGUUUUCGGACAUUUCCAACCAAAAACAGAGAAAUUCAAUUUUGAAAGACAAAAUAGUGCAUUGGGAAGAAGAUUAUCAACAAAAUUGACAUUUCAACAACCAUCUCUAGUUAUUUCAACUCCUGUGAAAAGUAAAAAAGCAAAUGCUCCAAUUCAGAAUAAGUGAGUUUCUCAUAAAUAUUCUUGAUUUAAUUCUGAAAUAUUUUCAGUUCUGCUGCUGUCAAAUCAAAACACGACAUGUUAAUCUGGUUUGAAAUUUGUGAAUUAGCAAACAAUGGUGAAUAUGUUCCAACAAUUGUCGAUCAUGCUCAAGGUCUUCCAACUCACGGUGUUUUCCUUUUACAUCAAGGAAUUCAGCGACGAAUCAAAAUCACAAUUUGUCAUGAAAAAGGCGAAUUAAAAUGGAAAGAUUGUCAAGAAUUAGUUGUUGGUCGAAUUCGAGCUGGUCCAGAAUGGGCUGGUGGAGAUGAUGUUGAUGUAUUAUCACUUGGAUUAUUCCCAGGAACAUUUUUGGAAUUUUCAAUGGAUGAUCGAACAUUUUUCCAAUUUGAAGCUGCUUGGGAUUCAUCUUUGCAUAAUUCACCGCUUCUUAAUCGUGUUUCAAAUUAUGGCGAUCAAAUAUAUAUGACAUUAUCAGCUUAUAUGGAAUUAGAAGGUUGUGCACAACCAGCUGUUAUUACAAAAGAUCUUUGUCUUUUAAUUUAUGCGAGAGAUUCAAAAAUCAGUGCUGCUAGUCGUUUUUGUAGAUCAUUAAUUGGUGGAAUAUCAAAAAGUCCAGAAAUGAAUCGUGUACCUGGAGUAUAUCAAUUAUGCCAAAAAGAUGGUUCCGACUCAGGUAGUCCAGGUGAAAUGCUUUUCUGCUUUUUGAUUAUUAGUAUUGUUUGGCUGUGCACAGUCCCGCAUGUUAUUUUAUUUUAUAUUCAGAAAAUAAGAAAUCUGUCAUAAAAUAUAAACGAAAUCAUAUUUAGGAGCAAUUCGAAGACAACGUCGAGUUCUUGAUACUUCGUCAGCUUAUGUUAGAGGUGAAGAGAAUCUUGGACAAUGGAGACCAAGAGGAGAUUCACUUAUAUUUGAACAUCAAUGGGAAUUGGAAAAAUUGACUAGAUUGCAACAAGUUGAAAGAGUUCGAUUAUUUUUGAGACUUCGUGAUAGAUUAAAAGGAAAAAAGAAUAAAGGAGAAGCAAGAACACCAGUUAGUCCAUGUGAUCCAGUUUGUGCAAUUCCAGAAACUGUCAAAUUAGAUGAAAAAGAUAAAGGUGAGAGAAAUUAUACUUUCGAAAAGGAUUUCCUAAAUGUUAUUUCUCUUUAGGAAUUGUGAAUAAAGUAGUUGGAUUAAUUCGUCGUCGAAUUCCAAUGAACAAAGAUCCACCAACUGGAAAUAAAGCAGCUGAAUUAAGCGAUGAAAGUGGAUCAAAUAGUAUCACAUCACCAAUUUCUGAUAAAUCUCUCAUCAAAACAUCACAAUCUUCUGAUCUUUUGUCUCGCCAAAAAUCGAAAUCUGAUCAAAAUUUAGCACAAAAUGAUGAUCUUUUGGAUAGUAUUAACAGUGCGAGUGGAAUGAAAAGAAGUUUAAGUGGAUCUAGAAUUCUUCAAUUGAAUAUUCUUGUGCCAGAGGUAAGAAUUUCAGAUGUUUAUACAGAAAAUAAUAAAAACUUCAGGUAACCGAAGAAAGAGUUGGAGUUGUCGUUUCGAAAAAAGGAUAUAUGAACUUUUUGGAAGAAAAAACACAAGGAUGGACACGUCGCUGGGUUGUUGUUCGACGUCCUUAUAUUCUAUUAUUUAGAGAUGAUCGUGAUCUUGUUAUUCGAGGAAUUAUUAAUUUGGCAAAUGCAAGAAUUGAACAUUCUGAAGAUCAACAAGCUAUGGUUAAAGUUCCGAAUACAUUUUCAGUUUGUACGAAUCAAAGAGGAUUUUUGAUGCAAAUGAUGCCAGGAGAUGAAGUUAGUAGAAAUAAUUAGAUAUCAGUGAAGAAAAAUAAUCUAAUAACGUCUACAGUAAACAUUGUAGAAAAUUUCUGACAAAACUGACCUCUCAAAUUUUCGAUGUUUCCAUUUUGCUGAUUGUGAAGUAUUGUUGAAGACUUCAUUUCAUUGUUCUGAAAAUAUUUUGAAAUUUAAAACUUUUUCAACAUCAUUUUUUGUGAUUCUGAAUUUUUGAACUUUUUAUGAACAGAUCCACGUUUAUUGAAAGAAUGAGAACCGGAAAUUUUGUUCAAAAUUCCACGAAAAAAUUGUAUUUUUAAUAAAUAUCAGUUUUGUUAAAUAAAUUACCUGUAUUUCCAGAUGUAUGAUUGGUUAUAUGCAAUUAAUCCAUUGAUGGCUGGCCAACUCAAAUUGAAAUCAAAAAUAAUCACAAACGGAGGAGCUCCAUCAACAAUUAUCUCACCAUCUUCAACUUCAUCAUCUUCAUAA